UUUAAUAUGAGCUAAAUCAAACAAAAAAGAUUACUAACAGAAACUUCAGGAUACACAAGGAGCCCAUUUUACUUUUCGUAACGAAAGUGUUCGUAAAUAUACAAAGAGACUCGGUUAAAGUUUUGGAGGAAAUACGCGCACGACCUUCAAUGAUUAGCUUUCCGUUAAACUUCAGUAACGUUACUGAAAUCGGAUCUGUAACACUGUGAUUUGAAUUUAAUAAUUGAUUAUACAGUCUUACUUAAAAUCCAUUUAAUAUAUAAUACGUGUAACAGGUACGGUACGUCAUAGUAGCCUUCAUGUUUUGCUCGAUAUGUUUAUUUCUCUCUUAUCUAAUCCUGGUAACAGCACAGCUUUAGUUUGUCCCACUAGUAACAAUGGGACAAAGAAUGUGUACAUUAUGAUAAGUGAAACAUAUUUCCUUAAAAUGUAAAAUGAGUAUCACCGUCAUAACGUCAACAGAUACAACCAAGAUAAACCGAGGUGUUUUCCUCGCUGAUAUUUUUUUUGACAUACAGAAAACCUGUUUAGCACAUAAUGCUUCAAUAGUUUCUUCUGGCUUUGUAGAAGUUAUAUUGUCUAACAUUUUUGAUUGACAUAGUUCAUUUUUAUCAGACAGACAGGAGAGAUAGUGGCUGUUGUGUUUUUAUUUUGCUAGUUCCCACUGGAAAUGCAGGGGACCCCGCUGUCUGGGGAGCACAACGCCUCCCUGGCCUGGUUCACACCUAUUCAUCUGAACCGUGUUAUGAGAAACGGAGCCAUACCAGAAUGGUUCCACGGCAUCGUGUCCAGGAACCUCGCAGAAGACAUGCUGAUGUGCAGCCCGAGGGGCUGCUUUCUGAUACGGCUCAGCCAGACCAGACUCGGGUUCACCCUGUCUUAUCGAGGCGAGGAUCGCUGCCUCCACUUCAUGAUCGACGUGAACUGCGAAGGCCUGUACAACGUCACUGGAGAAAACGUUUAUCACAGGUCACUUCAGGACCUUGUGGAUUUUCAUCAUCGGGUCCCAAUUCCACCCUUUAAUGACCUGCUAACAUGCGCAUGUGUAAAGAUGAAGCAGUUGGCAAAGACUGGAGCUGAUCCCCAGUUUAGUUUGAGCUUGACAGACUCUGAAUCCCUGAAUGCAGCUCGUACACCUGUUUCUAAUCUUGCAUGCUCCCCAAGACCCUACCCCUGUUUUGACACAGAGGUAUCUACAAACUUCCAGAGCCAAAACAUGGUCGGCGCAAUUCAGCCAGUGCCUCUGUCCAGGGAAUCCUGGAGUUCCACCCCGUACCUACAGAGAAACACAGAGGCACCAGAGCAGCCCCUGGAAAGUUUAGUGCCAGGAGGUGGAGAAGAAAUUGGCACUGAAAACAGCAGCUCCACCAGACAGUCCCCAACAUCCAGCCAGCCAAGACUUAAGAGCAGGAUCAAACUGAUUCAUUUCAUCAAGAAGCCGCACAUGAAGAAAUGUGCUUCACAGGAACAUAUGUACGCUGAAAUCUCACAGGAGUCUGGAAAAGUGCCGGAUCACACAGCGUUCGCAGCUCUAGAGAGCAGAAAUGCUGGCGGUAGGACAUGCGCUGAGAAUGUGUACGAGGAGCUUGCAGAAGCAUCGCCGCCGACUGGCUCCAGCAGCGAUCCUGUGCACAGGCCUGUUCUCACAUCCCUAACAGCCGAGCAACAGCUACCCGAAGAGUACUUACUGCCGCCUCCAUUUGCUCCAGGAUACUAAGGGCUAAAAUAAAGAAUUCCUAAAGGAAUAACUCGGUGAAUUUGAUGAUUUUAAAAGAAGAUGGGCAAGUUUUAUUUGUGUGUACUUUUUGGGUACAUUUUCUCUAAAAUGUCAAAUUUCAGUGUAAAUUUCAGUUUAAGUAUAUUACAGUGAUUGUAAACAACUUGGACAUCCCUAUCAAAAUUGUGACGUGAAACUGGACAUCAAGAUAACCAAUGACAGACAUCUUUCCGUCUGAUGUGAUCUUUUAGCCAACAAAAUUCACGAAUAAUUGAAAUAAUGGAGAAAAAAGAAAACUUCGGCUGCACCUUUUUAAAUGUGAGCUGAAGCGAUGUUCAGAGGUGAUCGGUCACACUCGAUAUCACGUUGAAAAGUGAGCAGUCUACAGCUGUCAUGGACGAAGGCUUCUGAUGAACCACAAAUAAGGAGCAGCUCUCCCUGUAGGAUUUUCUGUAAAUUAUCAUGGAUGCAUCCUACUGGGAUUCACAGAACAUAACCAGGAUUAUUUGGUGAAAGGUUCUGGAAAGGACAGGGCUGUAAAAGGACAUUAAAGGCACUGGAUGUACGGCAGAGAACUGUGAAGACAAGCAUGCACAAGUGGGGAAGACAGGGCAUCGCAGGGAUAUGGCCAAGAUCUGGACGACACUCCAAAGAUGGUGCCAGGAUAAGGGAUGAUAAGAGAUGCAGGGAUUUGUGACAAGUACUGCUCACUCCUUGCAUGUAACAAACAUCCCCCAUAUUCUUCAAAUGUUGGGCUUUGGAGCAGAGUGGCAAGCAAAUGCCAUUUCACACAAAAAGAACGUCCUAUCCAAGCCCAUCUAAACUGCAAAAUGUAAUCGCCUCAAACCAUAUGGGAAAGAGAUUGUAUAGUUUUAUGAAGGACUGUUUGACGUUUUUGCCUUAAUUCUUAGAGAGGUGUCUGGCUUGAAGACACCGCAUCUCAUCAUCCAAGGAGACCCUACUUCCUGAGAAGCAUGGUGGAGGCAGCAUCGCGCUUUGGGGCUUAGCCCUCGCUGCUGAGCUCACUCUCGCCUACAUAUGUGUCUGUGCUUCAUGGAGAGCAAGAUGGGGCAGGAGGAAAGAGAGCUUCCCACGGGCUUCAAUAAAAGUGUCAUCAUUAUUCUCUUCAGCUAGGGCAGAAGCUCUGCUCAGGAUGUGUGGGAUAAUGAAUAGCUCCAAAUAUAUUGAUAUUUUGGCCAAAAAAACUGCUUUCUUCUGAAAGCUAAAGAGAAAUCUCACCUCCUAACGUAACGACCCACACAUCUAAGUCAACCAAGGAAUGACUUCAGGAAGAUCAAAAUCCUGGAAUGGAAAACUUGUAGAAUGACCUGAAGAGUGAUGUGCAAAGGUAAUAGAGACUUAUUCACAAGGACUUGCUGCAGUAGUAAAUAUAGUUAAUGAAAAAGGUACUUCUGCAGAGUAUUACUUGGGGGGGAUGUGGGCAGUUACGUGGCUAGGAUGUUGUACACUUUUUAAUUUUAAUUAUAUGUCCUGUUAUCUAUUUUUCUCUUAAAUUUGUUGGUUGCAAGGUUACAGUUAUUUCAUUGAAGAUGAAAAGGAUGUUGCAUAUGAUCAGUCUUCAUUUCUGGCUUCACAUCACAACAACCUGAAAUUUCAAUAAGGGGGUGUAAGCUAUUUUUCUUGCAGGGUGAUUGGGGUGUCCAUCCAGGGCAUAUCCCAGGCCAGUGCUGCUUGGCAUAGGCUAUAACCUCUAAUGACCCUGUCCUGCAUAAGUUGGUGGGAGAUGGAUGGAUGGAAUUUUUAGGCACUGUGGUAACAGAACACUUCUGUAUUCAUUAACUGCAGUUGUUUAUAUUUCUUAACUGGCCGUGUUCCCCUAAGCUAGAAAUAUUUAUGUACAUUCCUAGGAAUUAAUCAGCAUGAAUCCUAAAAGUUGACCAGUAACUGGUGUUUGGUGAAAACAAAACAUGCAACUUAAUGAACAAUUUGUCGGCAAACAUGUAUAGCACUUGUAUGACUAGACAAUUUAGAUGUAACAUGUAAACACACUAUUGGCAAUUUUGUUUGAAGUUUUGUUAUUUGACAUUAAAACCUCCUAGAUAUCCUUAUCCUCUUCCACCUUCUCGUGAUUUGUUUAGCUUUAAAUUGGCAGUUCUGACUGGAAAACUUUUUAAGCAAUAUAAAUAUAACGCUAUGUAACACUAGCAAAACUACCCAAACUUACGCAUGUUUUCCAGAACUGUAUAUGAAGAAAAUAUCUUUUAUCUAAACAAUUACUACUUCCUCAAGCGUGUACAUUCAAAGUUAGAAGAUUGUGCAUUGAGAACUGCUUAACAAAAGGCAGUGAAAAAAUUGUUAGGUAUCAAGUUACAGAGUAGGUUCAUCCUUCGGAUUGCCAGAGAUUGUUGUAAACUGUGUUCAAGUGCAGUACUCUAUAACCUGAACUAAUAUCAAUAAAAAUGUUCAAUUAAAA